AUGCAAGAGGUGGCAAUAACACAAGAAGUAGGUCCAUCUCAACAUAAUGAUAACGAUGAUGUGUUAGAUGGUCAAUAUGUAGAUGACAUACUAGAUGAUAGAAAGAUGUCAGUGGAGUCAUGUCAGGUUCAUUACUUGGCUUGUAAAGAAAAACUGUAUGAAAUAGUUAACUGUCAAGAAACCACUUGUUUUAUUGGACCUGUAAGAACACAGGAGGAAGGAUGCAGGUAUGAUCUUGCAAUAGGGUAUUGCCCUUGCACAAAUGAAACAAAGUUAACUCAGGAGGUACAAUUGGUGAUAAUAGAAGGGAGCGAUGGGUGCGAUUGCACAUUUCAACUUUGCCACACGUGUUCCAAACCAACAAUCACGAACAUUUACGACAGAGAAUGCACUUGGAAGUGUGUAAACACUACAUGUGUAUGGAACAAAGAACAGUCAACUUCUAUCUCAACAACAUCUAGUACAGUUAAAGACCAAAAGCAGACAACCCACAGACAAAGAACCAAAACCACUAAAAUAAUAAAAACACAAACUACAGUUAAAGAUAUACAGACUAAAGACAAUAGGAAUUCAGCCAAAACCAGUAAAACAACAACAACAGUUAAGGACAUAACAUGGAGAAAGUUAACAACAAAAAGUAAAACUACAGUUACAGAUCAAGAUAUAACAGUGGAAGGCAUUACACAAGAGAUGACACCAACCAUAGCACCCAACAAGACCUUCUAUACAGGAACAUCAGGAUUUACAGGAUUAUGGAUUUGGGCUGGUGUGUUUACACUGUUUACAUCUUUGGCAUUUUUAAAAUUAUACCUACAUCUAAGAAAACAACAACCACAAUAUCUACCCUUGAACAGAAGUGAUAAUACAGAAACCACCUAUGCACCGUCUUAUUUAAACACAACUCCAUCCAGGCCAGUUAUUCCACAACAAAUUUUAACACCACCAUCAACAUCAACUCCAUUAAAACCUUCAUCUAGAUCAUCACCAUCAUUCCACUCAAUUGUAUCAUACCGAGAACCUUCACCAGGCAGCACUACCUCAUCAAUACCAUUAGUACCUAUUAUGUUUUUCCGAGACCCUUCACCAGAACCUUCAGCACCACCCUUGGAAGAUCUAGAAUCAUUAUCGUCAGAAUCAACACCUACCUCACCGAUUGCAGCCAGAACACGUAACAUGAUUAAAAGAAAAACAAUGUUGUCUGAUAGCAGUCUCUGA